CUGUGUGAGGAUACAACUCUGCUGCGUGAGCUGAUGACGCCGACGAGCUUCUUCUGCGUAUCUUCUUCUUCUUCUUCUCUUCCCCUCCGUCGUACUCCAAUUCUCUCUUCUCCUUAUACUCUCUCCGCUCCUUCUCUUCCCCGCAUCAAGAAAGGAUUUUCGAGAAAUGGACAUUUGUUGGUUAAAGUGAAUUGCGUGUCGGAGCGCAGUAAGCAAGCUGCCGAAACGGAGUCUGAGACGUCUUCGUCGGAUACGCCGUCGUCUUCUGAUUUUGUUGAUGGUUCUAGUGAUACGGGCAUUUCAGCAUACAAAUGGUGUGUGGGUCUUGGAGGAAUUGGAUUCCUGGAGACGGCGUACUUGACUUACCUGAAGCUCACCAAUUCCGACGCCUUCUGCCCCUCCGGAGGGGCCUCUUGCACCACCAUUCUCACCAGUGAUUACUCCUCUGUUUUCGGUGUACCUCUUCCGCUGUUUGGCAUGCUUGCAUAUGGAUUAGUCACGGUCCUUGGCCUGCAAUUGGGUGCAAAGGAAAAGACAUUUGACAUCGGGAAAACAGAUGGUGAAAUAAUCUUAAUUGGGAUAACCACCUCUAUGGCAGUUGCCAGUGCGUAUUUCUUGUACAUUCUGAACACUGAAUUUGUUGGAGAAUUGUGUAUAUAUUGUUUGGCAUCAGCAAUAUUAUCCUUCAGCUUGUUCUUCAUCACACUAAAGAGAUCUGGGUCACAUGACCUUCAAAAGCUCUUGGGCUUACAGCUGUCAGUGGCUAGUUUGGUAGUUUUUGCCUUGACUGCAUCGUAUAACUCUGUGCAACCUAUCUCCUCAAGUGUGGCAGCGACUGAAAUACCAUAUUUCGAAACAGAGAUCACAAGCAAGUCAAGCCCUUUGGCCAUUUCUCUUGCAAAACAUCUACGUUCAAUUGGAGCAAAAUUAUAUGGUGCUUUCUGGUGUUCACAUUGUCAGGAUCAGAAAGAGAUCUUUGGGCGAGAAGCAGCAAAAUUAUUGGACUAUGUGGAGUGCUUCCCUGAUGGAGUAAGCAAAGGAACAAAAAUGGCUCAGGCCUGCGUAGAUGUCAACCUUGAAGGGUUCCCUACCUGGAUAAUAAAUGGACAGGUUUUAAGCGGAGAGAAACAGCUAUCGGAGCUUGCUGCAUUAUCUGGAAUCAAACUUGAUGAUUUAACUCGAUCAAAUUAAGAUGCCAUUUAGCCUCUCCUUAGCCUCUAAAAGAUCUUAGUAUUCAGUUGCUAAUGAUCAAAGUGACAUUAGCCUCUCCUUACAGUUUUCUUUAGCCUAUACGGUAAUAGCAUUAUCUUAAUACCCUUACAUAAAAUACAUGUCUGGCGGUCUGCUAUUUCCUUCCACUGAAUAGAAAGCUUCACUUGGGAUAGAGGGCUGGUAUAUGAUGGUGAAGAGAGCUGUCCCGUCCAACAGAUAUGCUCUGUCUGCUAGAAAAGGGACCCAAAAUCCAGAUUGGAGAGUAUGUUUCAGGUGCAUGGGAUGGCUGUCAAUGAAUGACGUUGAUAUUGCUGCAUCUUCAGUGAGAGCAGUGAAAUAGCUGCUGUGUUUUAUAACUUAUAGGAGGAGCUUUAUGCCCUUGUAACAUUAUGAAUAAUGAGCAGGUAAUGCGUGAAAUUUAUAAUGAAAAUAUUAGCUAUACAGCGACUUGAAAAUUUCCACUAUGUAAUUCUCAAGUUUCUCCCGUCACUUUUGAAUGUUUUGGAGGUGUGGCUCUUUGGUAGUAUUCUUGUAUAGUGAUGGCUCUCUCUGUGUUUC